UGGAAGAUGCUGUCUGUUCUUUUCAGCAUUGCGAGCCUAGUGUUGUUUAACUUUGGAAUGGCUGCUGUAUUGUUAAAUGCAUAUUCAGGAUCUGGAGGGUUGGUGUGACCUGUCAACCUUUGAUCUCCCGGAGGAGCUGGUGGAGGAGGGCUCAGCCCCCGCUGAUGUGCGCAGUCAGUUCCGCCUGGAGGAGAACACGCUGCAUGAGCUGAGCAGGGGGAACCAGGGAGAGCUGAUCCCUAUCUCUCCACGCCCGGCCGUGGCCAGCACGCCUCCCACCAUCCUUGCCAGGCAUCGGCGCCGCUGCAUUACCCAGUCCCCUGGCAUCGGGAACCUCGGCGACUCUGUCAACACAAUGACCCCCAAGAACACGCCUGUCAAAACCCUUCCCUUCUCCCCCUCGCAGUUUCUAAACAUGUGGACCAAGCAGGACACCCUGGACCUGGAGAACCCUUCCCUCACCUCCACCCCUGUCUGCAGCCAAAAGGCGGUCGUGACCACCCCACUGCAACGUGACAAGACUCCGCUGACGCAGAAAGAGAACUCUGUGUUCAUCACUCCCAACCACAAGUCUGAUCUGGACAACACCCCCCUGACCCCCACGCCUUUCAAAAAUGCCAUGGAGAAGUAUGGACACCUUCGCCCAGUGCUCCCGACCCCCAACCUGGAGGAUCUGAAGGAGGUCCUGCGGAGCGAGGCUGGCAUUGAGCUCCUGAUUGAGGACGAGAGCCCACAGGAGCAGAAACGCAAGCAAGGGCAGCAUCGUCCCCCAAUGAAGAAGGUGCGUAAGUCACUGGCUCUGGACGUGAUGGAUAGCAAGAAGAGCAGCUCCGUCAGGGUGCAGCCCUCAAACGCCCUCCCCACACCAGAUCUGCAGGAGGAGAGCCUUCUGUCUACUUCCCUCGACACCUCCUCCAGCCUCUCCCCCUCCAUGAAGAAGGAGAACAGCGUCCUGGACCGAGCCUUUGUCCUGCCGCCCUGCGAGAGCGACCCUGAGCCAAGCACCGCCCCGCCAACACCGAUGUCUCUGGCCUGGGAGGCUGUGGUGUGCGGCCGGUCGAAAGACCAACUCUUCAUGACCGAGAAGGCCAGGAAAUACUUGCGUGCGCUCAAACCCGGCACACCCAACCGAGCCCUGAUCCUGUCCUGAAUACGGUGACCCUCCUAGAAGAGCCGGAACUGUCGUGUCAUCUUGUUAUUCAUUCCAUCUGAACCCUUAAUUGAACUAAUAAUUUGCUUAAUUAGACCUUUUUAA